CUAUUAAACCCAAUUAUUCUCUUCAUCACAAGAAAAUUCAACCCCCACCCGCUCCUUCCCUCUCAUGGAGUCUUCAAGAGUAGUAGUACUAUUAGAGCCAAGUCUCUCUGAAACUUCAACCAUCAAUCAACAACAAGAGGUGCAAGAAGAUAUUCAUGACCAUCAUCAUGAAAUAGCACACAAAGAAGGCGCAAAUCAUCAUGAGCUUGUAUUGGAUCUUAGCCUCUCUAACAAGGAUGAUUCUUCCAAUCAAGGGUCUUCUUCAAAGCUUGAAAUUGAACUCAAUCUCAUCAAUUCAAUCAAGACAAGUAUUCCUCCUCCUCCUCCUCCUCCUCCAUCGGAUGAUCAAGCCGAGCCGCGAAUCUUCUCAUGCAACUAUUGUCAAAGGAAAUUCUAUAGCUCACAAGCACUUGGAGGGCACCAAAAUGCACAUAAGAGAGAGAGAACACUAGCCAAAAGAGGGCAAAGACUUGUUGGUGGUGGUGGUGGUGGCGCAUAUUCUAGCAUGUCUUCUUUGCCUUUGCAUGGAUCAUUCAAUAGAUCACUUGGUCUAAAAGUUCACUCUUUGAUCCACAAGCCCUCCAAUUCUUUGUCAUCAAGUAGUACUAUUGGUUUUCAAGGGCAAAUAAGUGGAUGGUCUAGGCAACAAAUUGAUCAACAACCAGCAAUUGGAAGGCUUACUAUGGAGAAUUUUAAUGUUGGAUCAUCAUCAACAAUUAAAGGGGCUGCAAGAUUCGAAAACUCUCGGCCAUUUUCGCCGGCCGGUGAAGGGGUUGGGGGAUACCGGUGGGAUGGUCUUGGCCACUUGAAGACCAAGAAAGAUGAGAUGCAGAAGCUUGACUUGUCCUUGAAGCUCUAGUUCCUUUUCUUCCUUCUUUUUUAAGUUAAAUUUUUGUCUUCUUUGAAUUUUUGGGUUUUGAUUGUUCUAGAUUUUUAACUGUUUUUUUUUAACUAUUUGAUGUUGGAUUCUUGUAAAUUCUCUUUUUGGAAUAGAAGACUAAGAAAGAUUUCAAGUUCAA